AUGUCGCCCACCAGCCUCGCCUACGCCGCGCUGACUCAGCAGUACAUUCGCACGGUCAGCAAGCUGCCCGCGUGGGACAAGAGCAAGGUCAGCGCCGGCAGCAACGAGUCCAGGGGCGGCUUCUGGCGGCUCCUGGUGGUCCGUGAGGGCCGCGACGAGACGUUCCUGCCGCUGCCCCCCGCGUCACCCGGUGACGCCGGCGCCGGCGGCGGCGCCGGUGACGUCACCAUGACAUCACAGGGCGACGACGCUGCCGGCGGCGGGCGGCUGCUGCGGGGCUGCGAGAUGCGGGCGCUGCCGUUGGAGCGGUGGGCGGUGCCGGUUGUCGCGCAAGGGGAGGCGGCGCCGGAGGUGCCCGAGGCGGAGCCGGCGGCGCCUUCCCCUGAGCACGUCCUGCUGAUGGUUCAGGUCAACCCUGCUGUGACCGAUGAGGCGACAAUGGAGGCGGAGUUGCAGGCCCUGGGAAGCUUCCUGCGGGAGCGCGCCGCCGCCCAGGGGCUCAGCCUGACGGCCCUAUGGGUGCAGCUGCACAGCGGCGUCGCCAACGCGGCGCCCGCGGGCGCGCCGACGCGGGUUGUGGCCGGGUUCGGGGGGCCGGAGGGGUCUGGCGGCGUCAUCACCGAUUCCCUGUGCCAGCUCAAGUUCAGGAUCAGCCCGCAGGCCUUCUUCCAGGUCAACGCCGGCGCGACCUGCCUGCUGUACCACCUGGCGGGAAGCUGGGCGGCAGCUACCCCCUCCACCCUCCUGCUCGACGUCUGCUGCGGGACGGGCACCAUCGGCAUCUCAUUGGCCGCGAGCGCCAAGGCGGUUGUGGGGAUUGACAACGUGGAGUCUGCGGUUGAGGAUGCUAAGGCCAACGCGGCGCUCAACGGCGUCGGCAACGCGAGCUGGGUGUGCGGGGCGGCGGAGAAGGUCUUCGGCCGGCUGCUGCGGGACCACGCCGCCGCCAAUGACGACAUCGCCGCGAUCGUGGACCCGCCCCGCGCGGGCCUCCACAAGUUCGUGCUCAAGGCGCUGCUGGGCUGCCCCCAGAUCACGCGGCUCGUGUACAUCGCCUGCAACCCUGACAGCCUGGCGCGCGACUGCGCGAUACUGUGCAAGCCGUCGCGGCGCGAGGGGAUCGGCGAGCCGCUGACGCCCUUCAGGCCUGUCAAGGCGUUGGCCUUCGACCUCUUCCCCCACACGCCCCACGUGGAGUCCGUCAUGCUCUUGGAGAGGGAGCUGUAG